AUGAAACGUCCUUGUCGCUGUUUUCAUGCUUUCUUCUCCAACUCCAACUUCGAACCAAAAAAUCCCAUAACAACAAUGGCCGCACUCUCCUCUUUCUUCCUCCCCAACCAGCAUCGUUCGCUCCGUCAGAAUUUCACUCCGGCCCUUCUUCCCCGGCGAACCGUUAAUUAUUCUACCAAGGCAACCUCCACGGAGUCACCGCCUCCACCACCGACACCGCCGCCUGAGAAGAAAUCCUUCGCGGUGGCAACAGGGGAGCUAUUCCUCGGCCUGGCUGCCAGGCUAAUUGUAAGGCGGGACGAAGUCGGCGUAGCCGGAGGGGAGGGCAACAAUGGGUCGGGUCAGGGAGUGGCAAUUUUCCCGGGGAAUGAUCGGACGGUGUCGUCGUGGUGGAGGCGUCGGAGUAAGGAGGACGUUGCUUCCGUUGUGCAGGAUCCCGUGCAGCCGGACGUUGUGUGGGAGCAGAGAGAGAAAGAUGUGGAGGCCGAGCGGGAACGGAAGGCGGUGACGAGCCCUGGUUUCAGCUUCUCUGCUGCCGGUCUUUUGUUUCCAUACCAUCUUGGUGUUGCUAAAUAUUUAUUGGAGAAUGGAUACAUUAAGGAGACAACGCCAUUGGCUGGUUCAUCUGCAGGUGCAAUUGUCUGUGCAGUGAUUGCCUCCGGUGCUACCAUGGAAGAAGCUUUGAAAGCUACAAAAAUUUUAUCUGAUAAUUGUCGGCUUAAGGGGACCGCAUUUCGUUUAGGGGCUGUUCUUAGAGGUGUUCUUGAGGAAUUUUUGCCAGAUGAUGCUCAUAUACGAUCCAGCGGAAGAGUUCGUGUUGCUGUAACACAGCUACUAUGGAGGCCAAGGGGUUUACUUGUUGAUCAGUUUGAUUCUAAGGAAGACCUGAUCAAUGCCGUUAUUACUUCCUCAUUCAUCCCAGGAUAUCUUGCUCCAAGGCCUGCAACGAUGUUCCGGAAUCGAAUAUGCAUUGAUGGUGGGUUAACUUUGUUUAUGCCACCAACAUCUGCAGCUCAGACGGUACGUGUAUGUGCUUUCCCAGCCAGCCGAUUGGGAUUGCAAGGAAUUGGAAUUAGUCCUGACUGCAAUCCAGAAAAUAGGGCUAGUCCCAGGGAGCUUUUCAAUUGGGCACUUGAGCCUGCAGAGGAUCACAUUCUUGACAAGCUCUUUGAGUUGGGAUACUUAGAUGCAGCUGUUUGGGCUAAGCAGAAUCCAGUUGAGAAUAUAGUUCAUGAUGAUAGUUCAUUCGCUGCUAGUGUGCCCAUGCAAUAG